UGAUGCCUGGAGGCCGCCCAGUUCGGGCUAGGCGCACAGGGGAUCAGGCUACCACGAUGCACUUCUACAUAAACAACCCUUCGUUAGUAAUUUGUCAACCUGCCACCUCCUACGCCUCACUCGACAAAUGGCAGAUGCAGGCCUUACUCUCACCGUGAAACGCCACACAAAAAAUCUCCAGCGCGGGUAUCUGCUAGAUACGUACUGCGACAACAGCGAUGGCGCAAACUUCUGCUCAUGCCAACGCGACUUGGUAUUUCAGAAGCCUUGCAUGUUCUACGGUCGCAACCUCGAGCCGCUGGCAUUCUCGAUAGCUAAGGACCGUAUCCACUCACAAGCGCAAUCCACUUUAGUCACAGGACUUCCAAUCGAGAUCCGCGAGAUGAUCUGGGGGUAUGCGCUCACAGACACCACUUCUGUACCCGCCCACGGCACAUUUAUGUGGCGCUCGGAUAAGAUGAACGGCAAACCCAAACUGCCAGUCUCAGACAUAGCAUUUGGGCUGGUCGAGAGCUGCAAGGCCGUCUAUCUCGAGACGUACCGGCUUCCAUUGCAGCUGAAUUACUACACUGUAUAUGACUUCCAAGGGCCAUUUUUUCCGAACUUAGAAAUUUUGGCUCCCUGGCAAGCGGCUCUCAUACAGCGUCUGGACAUCAGCCUCCAACAAAUAGCCCUGGAGCGGGGCGAGUUACGAAAUUGGCUGAAAGAAUGGGCUCCCAAGGAACGACACCAAGGCGCAUACAUAGAACCGCGCUUUCUACAUACACGGGACAGAAGACUUGGACGAGUACACCACAGGGAGCCAUUUCCUUUCAACAUCUUGUCAGCUGCUAAGAUUGGAAAGAAAGACCCCCGGGAUGGUGAUGAGCUUACACUGGGCAUCGCAAUGGAUAUCCCUGACACCGAACACAACAUCUUCUACGAGCUUGGAACAUUCGCAACGCACUUCAAGGCGCGUGCGAUGGUGGCUCGCCCUCUGACACAUUUGACCAUCCGCUUGACCCAUCAGGAUUGGUGGAAUUGGAGUGUUGAUUCAACUGCACCUUCCUACUCCCCAGGCCCACAUAAUCAGCUCUAUCUUGAACCAUUAAUUGGAGAGAAAUCUCCUUCUGUGAUACAUUCCAGGGAUCCAGGUGACACAUCGAUGGAUUUCCGUGCUGCAAGGCAGCGCCCGGGCGAGGACGUAGGGAACGGGCGGCAUGGUGGCUGGGGCACGAUCGUGGAGAGACUUCCAGAUCUAAAGGAGCUCAAGCUUGUACUUGAGACAUUCGAUGUGAAGAAAGAUAGCCUUGACACAAUCGUGGACUGUGCGAAGGCCUGGCGCUUCCCUAUCGAGAAGUCAUCGUUUGAGCUGACUUGGGACGGGGAGGUUGAAGAUGCAAGCUGGGAAAUAGAGCCUGGAGAUCUCGACCAGAACUACAACGAGUCAUUGAUCGUCGAAGAAGGAGAGGUAGAGAAUGAUGAGGAUAGGUUUACCGAGGACGAACAAGACUCUGAAGACUCAUACGAUUCAUCGGAAGACGAAGGCCAUAGUGAGGAUGAAGAAACGUAUGAUCCUCCGCCACCUCCACUACCCAGUUGGCACAGUCUUGUUACUCGCUUCGAGGUAAGGGUGGUGCGAUUCGUGCGAAGGAAAAGGGGACAGCCUGCUUAAUGAUUGCUUGUUACACUAAAGGCGGGCUUAGAUUGGAAAAAUUCGUUAGUUGAGAACUGAUAUUGAAGCUCAUAUGCAAUUCACAUGAGGAAGGUCUUCACUAUCUCACUUAUAAAAGAACUUUGAACUCAGAUACAAAUCUAGUACUAUGCCC